UGACGUUAGUGCAGAAGAAGAAGACGUCCGCUGUCAGUCCGCCAUGCUCACCCUGCUGCACCACUGUGGUCGUAACGUACUGACAUUCAGGACAAUUCACACAGUAAAUAAAAGUUACUACACGACCCAGAUGGGUAAGCGCGUGGCUGUGGUGUUGGCGGGCUGCGGGGUUUAUGACGGCAGUGAGAUCCACGAGGCCUCCGCUGUCCUGGUGCACCUGAGCAGAGGAGGUGCGAGUGUGAACAUGUUUGCCCCCAACAUUGACCAGAUGCAUGUGGUGAAUCACCUGAAAGGUGAACCGUCGGAGGAGAAGAGAAACGUGUUGGUGGAGAGCGCAAGACUGGCCCGUGGAAACAUCCAGGACCUGUCUAAACUCAGUGUUAAGGACCAUGACGCUGUUAUAUUCCCAGGUGGUUUUGGGGCAGCUAAGAACCUCUGCACGUGGGCCGUGAAGGGGAAGGACUGCUCCGUUAAUGACGAAGUUAAAGCUGCGCUGCAGGCGUUCCACGGCGAGGGUAAACCCAUCGGCCUCUGCUGCAUCUCACCUGUCCUGGCUGCCAAAGUGUUUCCUGGCUGUGAGGUCACCGUCGGCAUCGAGAAGGAUGACAAAUAUCCCGACGUUACUGAUACCGCGGCGGCCAUCACCCAGUUGGGCUGCAAGCACGUCAGUAAGAGCGUCAGCGAGAGCCACGUGGACGAGAAGAACAAGCUGGUCACCACCUCCGCGUUCAUGUGCAACGCUCCGAUACACGAGAUAUUUGAUGGCAUCGGGGAGAUGGUGCAAGACGUGCUGAAACUUGCUUGAUUGUACUAAUACUCAAAAGAUGGUGGAAACGGAAAGAAAAGAAUGGGGGGGGGGCUUAGACAGCUUAAUAGUAGCUGCCUGCUGAACUGAGAUAGAAUGAUGUCAUAGUCAACUCCUUGAUCAAAAGCACUUCCAGAUACAUGUUCGUAGUAGUUAUGUUCACUACAUGGUCUGAUUUAUUUUGCAAAAAUCUCUGUUUGACUCAAUCUCACUGGAUUAUAUUCUGAUGCUGUGGAUCAGUUUUGUGAUGUUAAUGCUAAUCACAUUUUAGAAAAUCAACAGCAACAAUGGUGUUAUACAAAAAAUGCAAUAAAAUGAAAAAGUUCA